AUGACGCACAUCAAUUUGUACACGGCAUGUCGGACGGUUGAAGGGUCUUUCUCUAUUGACUCUUGCUUGGUAUUGUUUUGGAACAAGUACUAAACACCUAAAUAGAUCUAACCAGCCGUUAUUGUCAAGAUAGUCUGUUUUACGUAACGCUUCCAGAUUUCUGUAGAUCGUAAGUAAUGUACAUAUUGCUGUGAUUUGCAGACGUGUGAGACUUCAGUGUUCAUCAGAUUGGUGUCUUUUUGGUGGCAUUGCCAUCCUGAUUGCGUGAUCGCCAUUUUUGCACAGCGGUGUCACUGUGGCAGUUAUACGGAGUGACGCGUUUAGAGAGCGUCCUCUCUUCAAGCAAGAGAGUCAUCAACGUAUUGUGUCGUUGGAAAAUACACCAACGAUGCCUAUGGCGCAGAUUGAUUCCACUGGUCUGGCGGAACUAGCCCACAGAGAAUAUCAAGCAGGGGAUUACGAGCGAUCUGAACAACACUGUAUGCAGUUGUGGCGGCAGGAACAGGAUAACACUGGUGUCCUUCUACUUCUCAGCUCUAUACAUUUUCAAUGCAGACGCUUAGACAGAUCAGCAUAUUUCAGUCAGCUAGCCAUCAAGCAAAACCCAAUGCUGGCAGAGGCCUAUUCUAAUCUUGGCAAUGUUUACAAAGAACGGAACCAGCUGUCUGAGGCACUGGAGAAUUAUCGCCAUGCUGUUCGUCUCAAGCCUGAUUUUAUUGAUGGUUACAUCAACCUGGCAGCUGCUUUGGUAGCAGCAGGGGACAUGGAGCAAGCAGUGCAAGCUUAUGUAACAGCGUUGCAGUAUAAUCCAGAUCUGUAUUGCGUGAGAAGUGAUUUGGGGAACUUGUUGAAGGCAUUGGGACGUCUGGAUGAAGCCAAGGCAUGUUAUCUCAAAGCUAUUGAGACCUGUCCAAAUUUUGCUGUUGCAUGGAGUAACUUGGGAUGUGUAUUCAAUGCUCAAGGAGAGAUCUGGCUAGCCAUACAUCAUUUUGAAAAGGCUGUUGCUCUUGAUCCUAAUUUCCUCGAUGCAUACAUCAACCUUGGAAAUGUUCUCAAGGAAGCCAGGAUCUUUGACAGAUCUGUGGCAGCUUAUUUGAGAGCCUUGAACUUGAGUCCUAACCAUGCUGUGGUCCAUGGCAACUUGGCCUGUGUCUAUUAUGAACAAGGACUGAUCGACCUUGCCAUUGACACAUACAAAAGAGCCAUUGAGCUACAGCCAAACUUUCCAGAUGCUUAUUGCAAUUUGGCGAAUGCUCUUAAAGAGAAGGGACAGGUGAAGGAAGCUGAAGAUUGUUACAACACAGCUCUCCGAUUAAGUCCAACCCAUGCUGAUUCUCUUAACAACUUGGCCAACAUCAAACGGGAGCAAGGAAACACAGAGGAGGCUGUGAGGCUCUAUUUGAAGGCUUUGGAGGUCUACCCAGAGUUCGCUGUUGCUCAUUCUAACUUGGCAAGUGUUCUACAGCAACAAGGAAAACUACACGAAGCACUCAUGCAUUACAAGGAGGCAAUAAGGAUCUCACCGACUUUUGCGGAUGCAUAUUCCAACAUGGGAAAUACAUUGAAGGAAAUGCAAGACAUACAGGGAGCUUUGCAGUGCUACACUCGUGCCAUCCAAAUAAAUCCAGCAUUUGCAGAUGCUCACAGCAACCUUGCUUCAAUCCAUAAGGAUUCUGGCAAUAUCCCUGAAGCCAUUGCCUCGUACCGAACUGCCUUGAAGCUGAAACCUGAUUUCCCUGAUGCCUAUUGCAACCUUGCUCACUGCCUACAGAUUGUUUGUGACUGGACAGACUACCCCAGUCGUAUGAAGCGCCUUGUGCAGAUAGUGCAGGACCAGCUGGAAAAGAACAGACUUCCCUCAGUUCAUCCCCACCACAGCAUGCUGUAUCCACUGACACACUCGAUGAGGAAGGCCAUUGCUGCCAGACAUGCUAGUCUUUGUCUUGAAAAGAUCAAUGUCCUUCACAAACCUGCCUACCAGCACCAGAAAGAACGCCUGUCAAGUGGAGGUCGCCUUCGCGUUGGAUAUGUCAGUUCAGACUUUGGAAACCACCCUACCUCUCAUCUCAUGCAGAGUGUUCCUGGUAAUCAUGACAAAAGCAGAGUGGAGAUUUUCUGCUAUUCACUAAGCCCAGAUGAUGGCACCACUUUCAGACAGAAAAUUUCUGUUGAGGCUGAGCAUUUCAUAGAUCUAUCAAAGAUUCCGUGCAACGGCAAGGCUGCCGAUAGAAUCAACGCCGACGGUAUUGACAUCCUUGUGAAUAUGAAUGGAUACACAAAAGGAGCCAGAAAUGAACUGUUUGCUCUGAGACCCGCUCCAAUUCAGGUGAUGUGGCUAGGCUACCCAGGCACCUCAGGGGCCUCCUUUAUGGACUACAUCAUCACAGACAAAAUCACGUCUCCAGCUGAACUGACGUCCCAGUACUCUGAGAAACUGGCGUUUAUGAAGGACACCUUUUUCAUUGGGGAUCACAUGAACAUGUUCCCUCACAUGCAGCACCAUCUGGUGGUGCGAGUCACUGAUGCUAACGGCGUGCCCACAAAGGGUGUCAUGUACCUCAAUUCUGUUGAUCUGGAGCCCAUCAAGGCCCUUGCCACAGCCAUUGAGGAGGUAACUCACACUGGCCUCCAUGGAGUCACUACUGACGAUGCUAAUGGUGAGCCGGCCUCUGUUGUCACCACCAUCAUCGAGUUGCCGCCCACUGUGAUCCAGUCUUUCCAGACCAUGGUGUCCUCUAACCAAGCCCAAAUCAUGGUCAACAACAUCGUCAUUCAGAAUGGACUCACUACCAAUCAGACCAACAACAAGUCUGCAACGGGGGAAGAAAUACCGCGCUGUAUCAUCCUGUCAGCCCGCGGGCAGUACGGCUUGCCUGAUGAGGUGGUGGUCUACUGCAACUUCAAUCAGCUCUACAAAAUUGACCCCAACACUCUGGAGAUGUGGUGUGAAAUCCUGAAGCAAGUACCAAACAGUGUCUUGUGGCUUCUGAGAUUUCCUGCUGUGGGUGAAACAAACAUCCAUCAAACUGCAACGAACAAUGGUCUGCCUCCUGGUCGAAUCGUCUUUUCAAAUGUAGCACCAAAGGAAGAACAUGUGCGAAGAGGUCAGCUGGCGGAUGUUUGUUUGGAUACACCUCUCUGCAAUGGCCAUACCACUGGCAUGGAUGUCUUGUGGGCAGGAACACCAAUGGUUACCUUCCCAGGUAAUAUUUCUGAGACCUUGGCAUCACGUGUUGCAUCUAGUCAGCUCCACUCUCUGGGUUGCCCUGAGCUGGUUGCUCACACAAAGGAGGACUAUGUGAAGAUUGCGGUCAAGCUUGGAACAGACCCUCAGUAUUUGCAAGGCAUGAAGACCAAAGUGUGGAAGGCCCGCACGUCAAGUCCACUGUUCAACACCCAGAUCUACGCCAACAAUUUGGAAAACCUAUUUGAGCGAAUGUGGGAGCGCUACGAGCAGGGGCUGGAACCGGGACAUCUCACACAGCCUUGGGACAUGCUCAACGGAAAUGCAUAAUGGCUAACUUGUAUUUGUUUCAUUUGGACAGCGUCAUUUUUGCAUGUAUAGCUUUUGUUUUGUCUUUAUUUGUUGUUGAAUUUUAGGUGGGGUUGUUUUUUUUCUUUUAUAGAUUGUGUAAAACUUCUACACCACCAUGGAAGUGUUUGAAACUUGUUUUGAGUUUUUUGUUUUGUGGUCUGGACAGGUUGUCUGAAUUGAUGACAUUGGACUACCCUGUGUCAGUUUCAAGGGUUUAGGCCAGUUGGGCUAGUCUGUGUUUCUUUUAACUUCCAUGGUGAGGGAAGAUGGUCCUGUGUAUCAAUAACAACUGUUGUACUUGGUUUAUUUAAUAUUAUGUAAAUAUUUUCAGCCAGUCAUGUACAUACACGCCCUCUGGGCAUUUCAGAUGCUUCUUUUUGCAGACGAGUUUUCAACCUUAGCUCUAAGUGGAUUCCACUAUUUAGCAAACAAUGUGUAAUUUAACUGUGUCAUUGCUAUGUAAUGAAAAUCACUUCAGCUAUUUAUUUUAUGUUAUGCAUCUUGUCAUGCCGAGACGCAAGUUUCUCUGUAAAUUUGUUCAGUAAAAGUUACUUUGACUUUGAUCUCUCUCUGUAAUCAGUGGGUGGGAACCCCCUACCAUGUUAUUUGGACAAAUUGUGUAUGCAUGUGUAUAGGCUCUUGUAUAGCAUGACUGUUGUUCUUGCUCUUCAUACAUGUGUCUGUCUUCUUUUCUUUUUUUAACCAGAAACGAUACUGGGGUUUGAUUGGGUUGUUUUUUUGUUGUGGCUCAUUUCGUUUUGUCACUGCAGAUUCUAUAAAUAGCUAUACGUUUGGUGGAGGCCAUGUUGUGCCUGAUAUGCCUGUUUUUUUGUUUUUUUUUCUUCUUCAGUUUUUUCUUGUAUUAUAUUUCCUCCCUUGCACUCCACAAGUGCUGCACAUGUUAUGUCCUAUUUAUUGUGGAAGAUGGAGAUGGUAUAACAUGGCCUUGCCUUCUUCUUUGUAUAUUGCACUGAGCUAAGUUUGUGGACAUCGCAUUCAAUAAAACUGGUGAUAUCAAGAGA